GAUCACUUUGGCCAGGGCUCCAUGUCCCUCACUACCAGCAACAAUGACCCAACAGUUCCACUCAUCCGCCGGAGGGGAGGAAUGGUGGAUCACCGGGAUAUCAUCCUGGCUCACCAGGCACACAAGUUGCACAAUACACCACAGGCCAAGAGGAAGCAGUGGGAAAUGGCGCGUUUUGGAGACGAGGUACCCAACAGGUAUGGAGGAGGAGGAGGUGGUGGUGGCGGUGGUGGCGGGGGUGCCGGCGGACAAGGGGGGCCCGGCCGCGGCGGCAGCAGGCAAGGUGGGCCCCCCGGAGCGCAGCGGAUGUACAAGCAGUCGAUGGCCCAGAGAGCCCGGACCAUGGCCCUGUACAACCCCAUACCCGUCCGGCAGAGCUGCCUAACGGUCAACCGCUCCCUCUUCCUCUUCAGUGAAGACAACCUGGUGAGGAAGUACGCAAAAAAGAUCACCGAAUGGCCUCCGUUUGAAUGGAUGAUCCUCACCACUAUCAUUGCAAACUGCAUUGUUCUGGCUCUGGAACAACAUCUUCCCGAUGGAGACAAGACACCUCUAUCUGAACGACUGGAAGAGACGGAGCCCUACUUCAUAGCCAUCUUCUGUUUUGAAUCUGGGAUAAAGAUCCUGGCGUUGGGUUUUGCAUUACAUAAGGGCUCUUACCUGAGGAAUGGCUGGAAUGUCAUGGACUUUGUGGUGGUGCUCACUGGGAUUCUGUCAUCUGUGGGAUCUCAACUUGAUCUGAGGACACUUCGUGCAGUUAGGGUGCUGCGACCACUAAAACUGGUGUCUGGAAUUCCCAGCCUGCAGGUUGUGCUCAAGUCCAUUAUGAAGGCUAUGAUCCCCUUGCUUCAGAUUGGCCUGCUGUUGUUUGUGGCAAUCCUCAUGUUUGCCAUCAUUGGCCUGGAAUUCUACAUGGGAAAAUUCCACAAAGCCUGCUAUGAUAGCACAACAAGUAAGAAGGAGAUUAUGGAGGAGGUGCCAUGUGGCGACACUCUGCCAUCCCGAUUGUGUGCGAAUGGCUCAACAUGUGAAAAGGGCUGGCUUGGACCGAACUAUGGCAUCACACAGUUUGACAACAUCCUGUUUGCUGUCCUCACUGUCUUCCAAUGCAUCACCAUGGAAGGAUGGACAGACAUGCUCUACUAUAGUAAUGAUGUGGAGGGCAGCGCCUGGAACUGGAUGUACUACAUACCCCUCAUCAUCAUCGGCUCCUUCUUCAUGCUCAACCUGGUGCUGGGUGUACUCUCAGGUGAAUUUGCCAAAGAGAGGGAGCGAGUUGAAAACAGAAGUGAGUUCCUCAAGCUGAGGCGACAGCAGCAGAUUGAGAGAGAGCUCAACGGAUACCUUGAGUGGAUCUGCAAAGCAGAGGAGGUGAUUCUGGCUGAGGAAGAUGCUACAGGGAACUUUGAUGGGUCAAGGCGAAGGCCAACCAUCAAAACCAGAAAUAACAAGACAGAACUGCUGAACCAAGAGGAGGGAGAAGACAACAUGGGAGAUGCAGUAGGUUUUGCACGCUCCAGUAUAAAAAGCGGUAAGGACGGCUCCAAUUACAGCAAGAAAGAGCGACGGCUGCGAUUCUUCAUUCGCAAGAUAGUGAAGACGCAGGCCUUCUACUGGACAGUGCUCUGCCUGGUGGGCCUCAACACCAUCUGUGUGGCUGCAGUACAUUAUGACCAGCCUGAGCUGCUCUCUGACUUUCUUUUCUAUGCCGAGUUUAUCUUCCUUGGUUUGUUCAUGUCUGAGAUGCUGAUCAAGAUGUAUGGUCUGGGCAUCCAGCCCUACUUACACUCUUCAUUCAAUUGCUUCGACUGUGUGGUGAUAGUCGGCAGUAUCUUUGAGGUUGUUUGGGCUACCAUAAAACCAGGCACAUCUUUUGGUAUCAGUGUAUUACGAGCUCUGAGACUGCUGCGCAUCUUCAAAGUCACCAAGUAUUGGGCUCCACUUCGAAACCUGGUGGUUUCUCUGCUUAAUUCCAUGAAGUCCAUUGUCAGUUUGCUGUUCCUCCUCUUCCUCUUCAUUGUGGUCUUUGCCUUGUUGGGGAUGCAGCUGUUUGGAGGACAAUUCAACUUUGAAGCUGGAACUCCACCGACUAACUUUGAUACCUUUGCCGCAGCGAUAAUGACAGUGUUUCAGAUCCUGACAGGAGAGGACUGGAACGUGGUGAUGUAUGAUGGCAUUGAAUCCCAGGGAGGAGUGAAUGACAAAGGGAUGGUUUUCUCCAUCUUCUUCAUUGUCCUCACACUCUUUGGCAACUACACUCUGCUUAACGUCUUCUUGGCCAUCGCUGUUGACAAUCUGGCUAACGCUCAGGAGCUAACCAAGGAUGAGGAAGAACAGGAGGAAGCAGCCAAUCAGAAGACAGCCCUACAGAAGGCUAAAGAGGUGGCAGAGGUUAGCCCGCUGUCUGCUGCCAACUUGUCUAUUGCAGCUAAAGAGCAACAGAAGAACCACACUAAGGGCAAUAAGUCUGUGUGGGAGCAGAGAACAAGUGAGAUUCGCCGACAGAACCUGAUGACCAGUCGCGAGGCGCUCUACAAUGAGCUGGAGCAAGAAGAUUGGAAGGUGGGAGGGGAAGGAGAAGAGGUGUCCUACCCACGGAAAGGACGAGGUGACAUGAAAACCCACUUAGACAGGCCACUGGUGGUGAACCCACAAGACAAUCGCAACAACAACACCAACAAGACCCAACCCGGUGAGAUACCUCUGGACCAGCAGUAUCGGCACCAGGACAUUGACCACUGCCGUCGUGCCGCUCAUUACUACCACUUCCACCACCAUCACCAUCCAAAAGCCACUGGGACAGAUAGCGGAGACACUUGCCGGCUGAUGGAGACCCGCAUGGAGCACGGCUUCAGCUGCACUUCUCUGGGUAACAUGGAGGAGAACAUGGAAGGCCAGCAGUCCGAGGAGAAGCACAGCCACCGAAGCCAUCACAGCCAUCGAGGCCAUCGGCACAGAAACAGGGAGGGCAGAGAAGCUCGCAGCGUUUCCCCCCACCAUUGCGAAGCUGGAGAGGGGAACCAUGAGCACAGGAGCUCCAGGCAGCACCGCAGGGCAGCCAGGGAAGGAGAGGAGGGCAGAAGACAUCGAAUUAAGGGGACAGAGGGAGAGGGUGAGAAAGGUGAGGAAGAAGAAGGACGAAAGACAAGACGGCAUUGCCAUGGAAACCAGGAAAGGAGCAGAGGCCAUCGCACCAGAAAGGAAUGCCACAGCGCCGGCCCCAACCUCUCCACCACACGACCCAUACAACAGUAUAACGAAGACCUUGACAACUUCCGCAACAACAGCAAGUUGGCCAGUGCAUAUGAGCACCCUUAUGCCGUCCCACCUGAUCAUCCUGACCAUCCUGACCAUGUCAACAACCUGCUGAACUUCCACGGUGCUGACACACAUACCCUCCUCCGCAGCAUGGAUAGCCUGAUCCUGACUAGCAUGGCCAAACCCGACUACACGGCCAUUGACAUGCCCCCUGUCUACCCUUACCCCUCGACCAAUGCUAUCUUGCAAGUGAACAAGAACGCAAACACAGACCAGAAGAAAAAUGAAGAGAAGAAGGAGGAAGAAGACAAUGAGGGAGAUGAAGACGGUCCCAAACCGAUGCCUCCCUACAGCUCCUGCUUCAUAUUGUCAACCACCAACCCGUUUCGGAGGUGCUGUCACUACAUCCUGACUCUGAAGUAUUUUGAGUUCAGCAUCCUGUCUGUCAUCGCUAUGAGCAGCAUCGCCCUCGCUGCAGAAGACCCUGUCAAACCUGACUCACCACAAAACAAUGUGCUGCGGUAUUUUGACUACGUUUUCACAGGGGUCUUCACAUUUGAAAUGUUGAUCAAGAUGGUGGUUCUUGGCUUGUUUCUCCAUGAGGGAUCCUACUUCCGCGACUUGUGGAAUAUUCUGGACUUUAUAGUGGUUAGUGGUGCUCUGGUGGCCUUCGCCUUCACGGGGAGCAGCAAAGGGAAAGACAUCAGUACAAUCAAAUCCCUCCGUGUGCUGAGGGUGCUGCGUCCCCUUAAGACCAUUAAACGUCUACCAAAGUUAAAGGCCGUCUUUGACUGCGUGGUCAACUCACUGAAGAAUGUAUUAAAUAUCUUGAUUGUCUACAUGCUCUUCAUGUUCAUCUUCGCUGUGGUGGCUGUGCAGCUCUUCAAGGGUCGCUUCUUCUACUGCACAGAUGAAUCCAAAGAGUUUGAGCGAGACUGCAGGGGCGAAUACUUAGUAUAUGACAGAGAUGAGGUUAAAGCUGAGAAGCGGGAAUGGAAGAAGUACGAGUUUCACUACGACAACGUGGCUUGGGCCUUGCUCACCCUCUUCACUGUCUCCACUGGAGAGGGGUGGCCACAGGUGUUAAAACACUCAGUGGACUCCACUUAUGAGAAUCAGGGCCCGAGCCCGGGUUACAGGAUGGAAAUGUCCAUCUUUUACGUGGUGUACUUCGUUGUCUUCCCUUUCUUCUUUGUAAACAUCUUUGUGGCUCUCAUCAUCAUCACCUUCCAGGAACAGGGGGAUAAGAUGAUGGAGGAUUACAGCUUAGAAAAGAAUGAAAGAGCCUGUAUAGAUUUUGCCAUAAAUGCUAGGCCUCUAACUCGCCACAUGCCGAAAAACAAGCUCAGCUUCCAGUAUCGGAUGUGGCACUUUGUGGUGUCUCCGCCCUUUGAGUACAGCAUCAUGGCUCUGAUUGCGCUCAACACGAUUGUCCUCAUGAUGAAGUUUCAUGGUGCAUCUAAAGCUUACGAUAAUGUCCUGGAGCUCCUUAACAUUGUGUUUACCACCUUCUUCUUCAUGGAAUCAGUUCUUAAGAUCAUUGCUUUUGGCCCUCUGAAUUACUUCAGAGAUGCCUGGAACGUUUUUGAUUUUGUCUCUGUUCUUGGAAGCAUUACUGAUAUGUUAGUGACAAGAUACGCGGAUAAUUUCAUCAACUUGAGCUUCCUGAGGCUCUUUAGAGCUGCUCGCCUCAUAAAGCUUUUGAGACAAGGAGAAACCAUCCGAAUCCUACUGUGGACAUUUGUUCAGUCUUUCAAGGCUCUACCAUAUGUCUGUCUGCUCAUUGCCAUGCUCUUCUUCAUCUAUGCCAUCAUUGGCAUGCAGUUGUUUGGUAAUAUAGCACUUGAGGAUGACGAUAGUGCCAUCGAUGAGCACAAUAACUUCAGAACCUUCCCUAUGGCCCUAAUGCUGCUUUUUAGGAGCGCUACAGGCGAGGCGUGGCAUGAGAUCAUGUUGUCCUGUCUGGGUGAAAAGAAAUGCGACAAGGACUCAGGGAAUACUGAAAAAGAAUGUGGCAGCACCUUUGCCUACACCUACUUUGUCUCCUUCAUCUUCCUCUGCUCUUUUUUGAUGCUGAAUCUCUUUGUGGCUGUCAUCAUGGACAAUUUUGAGUACCUGACGAGAGACUCGUCUAUCCUGGGGCCCCAUCAUUUAGACGAGUAUGUAAGGAUAUGGGCUGAGUACGACCCGGCUGCCUGCGGCCGGAUCAGUUACACAGACAUGUAUCAGAUGCUAAGACACAUGUGUCCGCCGCUAGGCCUCGGGAAGAGGUGUCCUGCCCGGGUCGCCUAUAAGAGGCUUCUGCGCAUGGAUCUGCCGGUUGCUGAUGACAACACAGUGCAUUUUAACUCCACCCUCAUGGCGCUGAUCCGGACUGCACUGGAUAUAAAGAUUGCCAAGGGUGGCGCAGACAAGCAUCAGAUGGAUGCAGAGCUAAGAAAGGAGAUGAUGGCUAUCUGGCCAAACUUGUCACAGAAGACACUGGACCUGUUGGUUACACCGCACAAGGCCACAGACUUGACGGUGGGCAAAAUCUACGCUGCCAUGAUGAUCAUGGAAUACUAUCGGCAAAGCAAGACGAAAAAGCUGCAAGCCCUACGAGAGGAACAGAACCGACCGCCAUUAAUGUUUCAGCGCAUGGAGCCACCCUCUGAAGGAGGGGGCACAGACGGCCAUGGGGGACAGGGCCAGAACGGCCUCCCCAGCACCCAGCCGGACAACAUCAACAGCAUACCUCCUGAGGGGGGCAUGACUGAGAGCCAAUCAUGGGUGACAACCAAAGCCCAGGAAAUGUUCCAAAAGACGGGUAACUGGAGCCCAGAGAGACCCUACCCCGAUGAUCUGCAUGAAAACCGCCACAACCCCCAGACGGUAGAGAUGAGGGAGAUGGGGCGGGACGGGUACUCCGACACUGAGCCCUAUCACCCAAUGGAUGGGCAUGGGCGGACCCUCUCCAUGCCCCGCCUCUCGGCAGACAACCAAACCAUCACUGACACCAGUCCGAUGCGUCGCUCCACCUCCAGCCUGGUUCAUGGGCGUUCGGGUCGUGGCGUGCGGCUGGAUGACUACUCCCUAGAGAGGGUGGUAUCUGAGGAAGGGAGACAUGGAGGAGGACGCAGACACAGGGACAGAAGUCACCGCACAUCACAGCGCUCCCUGACCAGAUAUACCGAUGCAGACACAGGCCUGGGCACAGACCUCAGCACCACCACACAGUCAGGCGACUUGCCACCCAAGGAGCGUGAGAGAGACCGUGGCCGCACCAAGGACCGUCGCCACCACCACCACCACCACCAUCAUCACAGUUCCAUGGACAAGGAGCGCUAUGGCCCUGACCGCCAUGACUACCCACAGAGGCAUCCCCAUGACCGCCACUGGUCACGGUCACCCAGUGAAGGGCCUGAUGGGAGAGGUCAUAGACAGGGCAGUAGUUCGGUGAGCGGCAGCCCGGUCCCCUCCACCUCGGGGACCAGUACUCCACGGAGAGGCCGUCGUCAGUUGCCACAGACCCCUGCUGUCCCGCGUCCGCAUGUUACCUACUCCCCCGCUGUGCGCAAGCCCAACUAUGGCCCCCCAGGGCCAGGUCGACUGCGUUCGCCAUCUCCCCGACACUUCUCUCCACCAGACCAGGACAGAGGCUACCACCACCGACCCCCGUCACGACACGGCUCUCCACACCACGGUGGGUCCUCAUCCCGGCACGGUUCGCCACGCUCACCCAGGCAUCAGUCCCCACGCUCACCCCUCCAUGGUUCUCCUAGAUCUCCUCACCGAAGCCGCUGGAGCGGGCCUCCACCUGGGGACAGCCUAGAGGGUGACGGGCCCUUUUUUGAGAGAGAUUACGAGUAUGAGCAGCACCAUGAGCCUCCUGCCUAUGAGCAGAGCCUCUCCCAUGGGAACCCUCACCCUCAUGGUGGAAAUCCUCACCCACACCCACGAUCACCCAGGACUGCCCACCACAGGCCCCCUCCACCCCCUCAUCCGCGUAGGGUACCCAAUGGCUACCGCUCAUCCUCACCUUCACCACAUCGGCGAGGACCACCAGGAGCACCACCCCACUCACACCACCGUCCUCCCCAUGCCAGAGGGCCCCGAAAAGGCCUACACGAACCCUAUAGUGAGACCGACGAGGAUGACUGGUGCUAGCAACCACAGACAGCAAGGAAUUCGGACACCAGAGCAGAAGAACAGCCACCUCCAGUGCUCUGGCCUUGGAUGGAGACAUUUAAUAAAGCAGUGGUGGUGGAGUUUUUGGGAGGGGUUGGAUACCCUCAAAACCCUCUACCUUCCUCCCCUAAGACUCUAAAUAAGAAAAAGGGGUGGUGGGAAGGGGAUGAAGGUGCUGCAACUAGCCUUUUGUGCAUUCUGUGUAAGAGUAAAAUCAGUGACAAAGCAGUACAGCAUUAAAAUAAAUCAGAUCAAGCCAAGAGAACUUGCAUAAGGCCAGGGCACAGUUUACCUCUUAAAACAACACUUCCCAGAAAUAGCCUCCACCAUCAAGGCCAGGCUGCAAGAGGAAGAGAGAGGUGUGGGAACAGGGAGCAAUGGAGGAGCAUGAGGUUCUUAAAAUGUGCUGUGAUCAUUGCGGUUUAUGAGGCCUAAUCGCAUUUUGCCCAUACUGACACCUGAUUGCUUAGAUGUGUCAGAUGUGUGCUUUCCAUCUAUCACUGGGCCAGACUAUUACUGAAAAAUGAGAAUAAGCUGGAACAAGGAACCCACUGCUUGGACUCUGCUCCAAGACAGAUAUGUUUAAAGACAAAUAAGUUUAUUAAAAAGCCAGGACCCCCAACCCUUACAUGCCAAGCUAUGCCUCCAGAAAAUCAAACUUGAACAAUGAAGAACACAGUGAAACUUUACAUGAUAAACAAUGACAAGAAGAAAAGAGAGAACAUCCACUUUAUCUUUAAUCUUUUUUUCCUUUCCAAGAGACUGAACCAGGAAGCUCCGCCUAUACUGCAAAAACCAGCCAAUCACAGCGCUGGCUGAUAUUUGAUGAGUUUUAUCAUCUCUGUUUACUGUUAUGUGCUCACUCAAUGCUGAUGGGACUGUUGUGACAUCACUUCCUGUCCUGUGGGAGGUGGCAAUGGAGGAGGGGUGAGGCACAAUGUGGGCUCACAUCCUCACCAAGUGCACCGGUGGUAUGGGCCCAGGUAACUAGAGAAGGGAGUUGGACGCUUUGUCAAGCCUCUUCCUCCUCUGUUACGCGAUCCAGCACAUGGAGGAAGAUGACCUGACAGGAAAUGACAUCACGCAGUUGAACAGGGCGGAGGAGAGGAAAGGAGGGAUGGGGAAAAAGACUAUUACUUCAGUAUUUCUUCUAUCGAUUACUUCUAUUUCUUGUUCUUCUUCGGACAUUGGAGCUUGGUUCUUCUGUUGCAUUCGCUUAGCCUCCUUUGAUCUUUUUCAGAAUCCAAAAUUUGAUGGAAACAUGCAUGACUGAUAAAAUACAUACUAGAGAGGAAAUCUAAGUGGUAUGGGUGGGACCUAGGGGCUUUAUAGGAAGCUUUACAUUUAGGUUUAUAAAAGAAGUUUGCUACUUACAGACACUCUCUCUCUCUUUAUUGUCUAAAUUGAAUUUUUGGGUCCCUUUUCACCCAAAACGAGCUUUGACAGUCAGCUGUUUUGUUUGUCUCAGUUUUCUGCUGAAAGCUCAGUUUCUACAACCUUUCAAGAGACAUAAUAAAACACUUCAGGGUCACAUUAUAAUGUCCCAAAGUGCUUGAGAAACAAGAGGGAGAAAGAGUGGAGAGAUGCAAACUUCUAAUACGUUUCAUUUAUUAUUGUUAAUGAUGACAGUCAUAUAAAUAACAAUUUUAAAGUCAAUGCAAAAUUAUAGUGAUGAUGAUGAUACUGUUGAUGAUUGACUGAUUUAUAGAACUGUUGCUGUAGAGUUGUCAUGUUAUUUGGAGUUCAAAUAUGCUAUGUCCAUCUUGUUUGCAUCCUUUGUGUUUAUAUCCCCCUGUUCAAUGACGUUUACUCAGUUCCUGAUGCCUUCUUGCAACAUUUCAAAGCAACAGUGGCCUGGGAACAUUCACGUUAUUAGCAUUGCGUGUUGUAACGCAACUCUUUAAGAUACAUUCUCUCUCCAGGAUGGAGGUGGAGGUCAGGGGAGUCUCAGUAUCUGACCUGCAAUGGCCCUUGGGGUCAAUCCUCUCGUCAAGCCAACCCAAAGAUCAGUAACUAAUGUCCGGAGCGAGAGGCAGAACAUUUUAUUUUAUUGAGGCUGAUAAAGCUGAAUUUACCAAGUUUUACCAAGGCUGACAUUUUUCCUCUUAUUGCCAAAAGAAAAAAAAAAACAAUGAAGGAAACAGUGAAUCCCAAGCUUUUCCCUCUGUUGGACUCUGUUGUUUUGCAGUGAGAUCAGUUGCCAGCAAUGAUAGCACAGCAUUGGUGGUAUAGGGUUGGCGUCAGUCAGUGUUGUCUGGUGUUGUUUUUGCCACCAGGAGGCAGUUAUCAGCUAACAUUAUUCCCCUCUACAGGACAGCAUCUUGGCCACAUCCUAGUGUUUAGUCCUGCAGUGAAAUUCCACUUAUAUCCUUGUAAGAUGUGCAAGCCCCAUUCCUAGUCAGGAGAUAUGGAUGCGGCCUGAGAGAUGCCAUAUCUGUCCAUUUGCCAGUCUGCUCUUCUGUCUGCCUAUCUGUGCCAAUGCUGACUACUCUUCAACCUCUUCUCUCAGGUCCAUCAGCCUGUUUGUCAGAUCAUCCCAGUCCAGUCAUGUGAGGUUGUAGCAAAGCUGAACCAUUCUCUGCCAAAACCCACUUCAGUAUCCACUGACCUCUAUUUCCUCAUCUAUAUAUUUUCUUUUCAUAUGCUUAGACAUCUGUUCUCUUAGCUUGCUGGAGAACGGCACUGAAGAAGUACAAAACUUUACAACUUUUUACAGACAGAAAAACCUAGGUUUAAUAAUUUCAUCCCUGUUGUUAUGAGGGACAGUAAUUAUUGAAUAUUCAAUAACUCUAGGACAAAAUGAUAAAGUAUAGCUAGAAAUAGUAUUGCCUACACAUAAUUUAGAUAUAAUAACGUAAAUGUAGUAAUAGAUAAAAUACAGAGUUUAAUUAGUGUCAGAUGUUUAUUUUGCAUACUGAUCAUGCUAAUGACACAAUCAAGAAUAAGCUACUCUUGAAACCUUUUGCCCUGUUUUUUUUUUUUUGUUUUUUU